AAACAAUGCGAACAUUACUUCCUCCCCACAAUGGCAAUGCCCGAAGCAACAUUUAUAGGAAGGCUAAGGACAUGAUUAUGGAGCUGAGAGUUUGAUAUUUACCCUCCUUGCUUUGUCUGUUGUUCACCCCGCGUAUUGAAAACAAGCCCUUUGUACCCCUCUAUAGUCUCUUAAAUAUCCUCUCUGUAACCCACCCCACCUUGCGCCCUCCGGGCUUCUGCUCUUCAACAUGGUUCUCGACUAUAGCAAAUGGGAUGCCCUGGAGCUCUCAGAUGAUUCGGAUAUCGAAGUGCAUCCCAAUGUCGACAAACGAUCCUUCAUCCGCGCAAAACAGCACCAGAUCCACCAGCAGCGCAUUCAGCGCCAUCAGGAAAUCGAAAACCUGAAAUACUCUCGCAUCAUAAAUGACGGACUGUUGAAGCGCAUUGACGCUCUCAUAGCCUCACUCAAGAGCCAUGAAGACAGUUCCAGAAACCCGGAUGAGCUUAUUUUCCAGGCCCUGAUCGAGUCCGCUGGCGACCCUAACGAAGACAGCCCUCCGCCACCUCCCGAAGGCGUAUUUACGCACGAAAAGGAACAGCCUAAAUACUCGCAAAUGAUGGGGUCACUAGUAGACCAGGUGAAGAAAGAGCUGGAUGAGUCCAAACCGGAAAAUCGGUUUCAAGAAUACAUCAAGGGUGUGGAGCAGCAUAAGACCAAAGUUUUGGGCUUGCAGCAGCAGUUAUUGGAGAAACUAGCUUCUCUGGAGAAAGAGGAGGCCAAAAAAAUUACCAGCGAGAGCAUACACACCGGCUUUGACAGAACCUUAGUUAACCGGCCGAAACCCGAGCAGAAGAAAACGGAGACUACUACUUCGGUGGAACUUCUGAAUCCGGGUGCGGCCAAGAGCGUCAAUGAGGCGGACGUAGGCUCCUCUGGGGCCGAAGUCGACAUCGAAGACGAGGAAGAGGAAGAUAAAAUCAAGGUAACACCGCUGGCUAAACAAUUUGCCAAAUUCAAAAUCGGUGACUACAAAAGCUGCCUGCAAUUUAUCGGCGAUCACCCAGAGAUCGUAACUGAGCGCAAGACGGAUGAGCUACUUAUCGAGGGAUUCGACGCCCAGCUAUCCGGGAACGAAGAAUACGCCCGCCAAUGUGUUCAUCAAGGCUUACUGCUUCAAUACUGCCGAUCUCUUGGCCGUGACGGCGUGAGCCUCUUCUUCAAGCGCAUAACUUCAAGGGACCACAAAGCCUCCAUACUCUUCCACAACGACGUUACCGAAACGUACGGCAAGAUGAAAACGCGCGCCGCGGAGCUCGCCAAGGACUCUGCCGGUAAUCCUGUAGAGGUUGAGCAAAUCCAACUCCACGCCGUCGAUCCGAAUACGAAACUCAACAUCAAAAUUCCCUCGCCGGAAGACACUAAUCCAGACUCCGUUGCGGCGAUGGAGACCUUCAAGAGCUUCCCGCCGAACCUGCAGCGGGCGCUCAAAUCCGAGAGCCUGGAUGAGGUUAAUAAGGUGCUUGGGAAAAUGAGUGUGGAGGAGGCGGAGGGGGUAGUGGACAAGCUGGGGUCCAGUGGGAUUUUGACGAUGGAAGAAGGGAUUGUGGAUGCGACGACGGAGGAGGGGAAGAAGUGGUUGAGUGAAAUGGAGGGCCAGAAGGGCAGAAGUGAAGAAAUGGUGGAAAAGGAUUGGGAGGGGAAGGAGGGCGUUGUCGGCGAACCUGAGUAAAUGGGAACGGCUGUUUCUGUGCACGUCGAUGGGCUGUUGGUUGCUUAGUUCUGGGCUUCCUUUUCCCUGCCCUCUUAUUUCUGCUUCCUUUUUAUUUUGUUUUUUUCGUAUGUGCUGAUGAGUGAUGGUAGCAGGGAGGAUAAUCAUUGCAAUUUACUACGAAAAUACUUCUUUACAUUUAUAAGAGGAAGGAGAAAAAGGGGGUAUGAGUGUUGACACAUGCAAAUAGUUACUAACGGAUAGUGAGGAAGAAAGACGACCUAUUUUACAAAUUGUUACAGCUUUUUUUCCUGUAAAAUCACCCCUUCCCAGGGCCCCCUCAAUUUCCCCCUAUCCAUACCGAGGGGGAUAAAAAAUAAAAAAUGGCAAGGUGAUACGUAUUAUUCUAACAAAACAUAAAAAACAGGGACACAUAAAUAUAUUUAUAAAGCUUUCUUUGUAGAGUAAAUGGACGAAUGAAUUGAGGGAGUAGGUACAAAAUACAAAGGUAGACGGAAUUUGAUAUAUUUUGCAUAUAUUUCCAUCACCAGAACCUGAUGAAGGCAUGGUUAAGGCGGAAAACCAGA